AUGGGGCACAUCUGGAACCCAGGGAAGCAGGGGGAUGCCCUGGGCCGUGGAAGCACCCCGAACCAGCCCAGCCACUCAGUCCUAGAGACCCUGGGCCAGACCCUGCCCUCUGGGGACCGGAUGACCGACAAGACCCUCUGGCUCUGGUUCUGGUGGUGUGGGGUACAGCUGAGAGCCUGGGCCUGCUUCUCCCCAGAGCUGUUCCCACCUCAGGACAAGCGCCGUGAGGGGAGCCCACUGACCCUGAGAUGCCAGACGGAGCUGCACCCCCGGAGGUCGGCCUGGGGACUCCUCUUCUUUCACAAAGAUGGCUGCACCUCGCAGAACCAGGGUCCCCACUCAGAGCUCUGCCUCCCAGAAACCUGGGAGGGAGCCUCUGGGCUUUACUGGUAUCAGGCCACCGCAGAGGAGCAGGUCCAGAAACAGAGCCCCCAGCUGGAGGUGAGGGAACAAGCUUGGGUAAGUAGAGCUGAGCCUCCCACCCCAUGUGCUGCCCAAUUCCUGUGGCCUCGGCUCAUCCUGAGACCCAGGUCCACAGGCCUCACUGUGGGGGACGCAGGGGAGCUCCUCUGUGAGACCCAGAAUGGCUCCCCUCCGAUCCUGUCAUUCCACCCGAACGGGGAGAUCCUGGGGAGCCAGGGGGCUCCCCACGGAAGAGCCGCCCCCUUCCCCUUCACUGUGACGUCAGAGCAGGAUGCAGCGAGCUACUCUUGCCAGGCCGAGAACGAUGUCUCCAAUGAGACAAGUGAGCCCAGGACACUCUCCCUGAAUGGUAUGUCUUGUCCCCCACCCGGGCUCUGAGCCCCAGGAAGCAGGCAGGGGUCAGGUCUCCCGCUCUGUGCCCCACCCCCCACCCCCUGCACUGUGCGAGGGAGCAUGGACCCUGCUUGGGUAUCUGUGCACUGAACCUAGAGGGGAAGGGAGAGCUC